UAUGCGCACCAGCUGAUCAUCAGCCAGCCAGAUCCUCCAGACAACACAAUUUAUGCGCACCGACAGACGCAACCUUCACCACGAUCUCCAUUAAACAUCGCUUUGGUUUUAUGUGGAGUGAAUUUUGUCGCGACAGCAGCAUGUUUAUUAAAUGCGAUAACGGCGCGUGUGUUCGCGCGAGGUGUUAAGCGCAGCAGUGAAGGCCAAACACACACUCUGGCCUGCUGAGGAUUUGUGUGUGUGUGUGCGCUGUUAUUUUGACGUUCAGCCUCCACAUUAUUAUAUAAGACGAUGGAAGACUGUGGACAGCACACGUCGUGUCCUGUCGUAGAGUGUUAAACCUCUGCAAGAGACAAACUUUGUGUCGUAAUACUACUGGACAUUCGAUGCGUAGCAGCUAGAUCACUACAGGGAUACAAUGUGGUGGAAACUCUUCUUCUUGCUUCUGUAUUUUUUCAUGUUGUUUAUUCUGUCUCGACUUUUCGAGGCCGUCGUCUGGUAUGAAACGGGACUUUUCGCCACCCAGCUGGUGGAUCCAGUAACUCUGAGUUUUAAGAAACUUAAAACCAUUUUGGAGUGUCGUGGGUUGGGAUACUCCGGCCUGGCAGAAAAGCGGGAUGUCAGGGAACUGAUGGAAAAUUCGGGAGAACUGAUGCAGGGGGAGCUGUACUCCGCUCUGAAGAAUGAGAACGAGCAGAUGGCAUCUGACUCCAGCACCACUUUCAGUGGAGAAAUGCACUUUUACGAAUUAGUGGAGGACACUAAGGAUGGUAUCUGGUUAGUUCAGGUUAUAGCUCAAGAUAGAAAUCCACUGUUGAGCACUGCCAACUGGAGCAAAAUGGUACAGAAAGUUUCGCAGUUUGGCAUUCGAACAGGCACUUUCAACUGUUCAAGUGACUCAAGGUAUUGCCGUAAACGGGGCUGGAUGAAGUCCACUCUCAUCAUGUCUGUCCCACAGACCUAUGCAUCCAAAGGGAAGGUCAUGUUAAAGGAGUAUGAUGGCAGACGCAUCGAAACCGAGCAUAUUUUUAAAUGGAUGACUGCGCACGUGGCCUCGCGCAUCAAAACCAUCCGUUUCUCUCAGCAACUAAUGGAUGACUGGUACCAGAUGGAAAAGCAGCCAGUAAAAAUGUUCCUGUUUGCCAAAUUGGUUCAGCCUCCAGCCUUCUUCUCAACUCUCAGCAUCAAAUUCACAGGUCGAAUCGAGUUUAUCUUCGUCGACGUGCGCAACUGGGACAAUGACACCUGCCUAGAGGAGAUCGGAGUGCGGCGAAUGCCAUCGUACAUCCUCAAAACACCAGAGGGUAUCUACAGAUAUGGCAAUACCACGGGAGAGUUCAUUUCCCUGCACGCCAUGGACACAUUUCUCCGCUCUGUGCAGCCUGAGGUCAAUGACUUGUUUGUUUUAAGUUUGGUCACCGUCAAUCUGAUGGCAUGGAUGGACCUCUUCAUUACACAGGGAGCCACCAUUAAACGCUUUGUAGUCUUAAUCAGCACGCUAGGGACUUACAAUUCUUUACUUAUCAUUUCCUGGCUACCCAUCCUAGGUUUCCUACAGCUUCCGUACCUGGAUAGCUUCUACGAGUACAGUCUGAAACUGCUGCGCUUCGCAGACACCACUACCGUUGCCUCGUGGGUCCGGGCCGAUUGGACCUUCUACUCUUCUCAUCCAGCUCUUUUCCUCAGCACUUAUCUAGCCCAUGGACUUCUCAUCGACUAUUUUGAGAAGAAGAGAAGAUGUACCAACGAAGACCAAAAUGCAAACAACCUAGAAUGGUUGUCCAGUCUCUGGGAUUGGUACACCAGCUAUUUGGUGCAUCCCAUUGCCUCCUUCCAGAACUUCGAGUCCGACUGGGACGAGGAUCCCAGUUUCCUUUUAGAAAGGUUGGCUUUUCCAGAUCUCUGGCUUCGCCCACUCGUGCCAAUAGACUACAUCAAGAACCUACCCACUUGGAAGUUCAAACUCACACAGCCUACAGAAUCAAACCAAGUUGACCAUAAUAACCGAAAGAAACAGGAAUCAAACCCAAAUGACGUCUCCAGCUUUGAAUGGGAAUCACGUUGCUAUAGCUCAGAAGUUCUUCACACUCAUGAAGACCGUUCGACUGCCAAAGAAGAGUCUGGUGGAGAGGAACAGGACAACGACUGGUCUCAUUGGCCCUGCGGCAUGCUCCAUUGCACCGAGUGUGUCGUAUGCCUUGAGAACUUUGAAACCAGUUGCCUUGUCAUGGGUCUACCCUGUGGUCAUGUGUUUCACCAGCAGUGCAUUGUGGUCUGGCUAGUUGGCGGGCGGCACUGUUGUCCUGUGUGCCGGUGGGCAUCCUACAAGAAAAGACCUGUGACGAUCCUUCACCCAACUGAGCAUCUCGAACCAGAAUAACCAUUGUCGUUGUUUCCUGCACUUACUUAAAAACUAAAAAAAAAAACUACAAACUUGAUGUUCAUCCUUGGUCUUUAGAUUCAAAGCAUUGGCUCCUCAGUUUUUUUUGUGUUGUAAUUUGCACACUUAUAAGCGUAUAAGAGCAAAUGUAUUAUUUCCAAUAUUGUUGGAUAUAUUUUUGAUGGGGAACGAUGUCAUUUGGAUCCUAUGCCUUGUACUUAGAAAAAAGAAAAUAGAUUUUAAAGGCUAAAAUAUGCAAAUAAUAAAGUAUUGAAUGGUAAAUUCAAUGCAUAUGAUUGAAUAUGUUCUGUUGUAGCACUCAUCUUACAUCCCAAAGACACAGAAAAAAAUCCAUAUGUAUCUGAGAAUUACAUCUUGUAUGUGUUCAGUGUCUCUUCGAUAUAUAAAUGUGAGUAAUCUGUCUUAAAUUGAGUGGGAGAAGUCAUUGAGGUUGUAAAAACAUCAAGGGAUCUAUUUUUAAAAAGGUAAUCCCAGUGGGCAUUUCAAUCAGAUGUUUAAGAACAGUUGUAGCUUUAAGUAAUACGGCCCUGUGUUCACUAAGUCUAAAAUGACAUGGGCAUUGACAUGCAGUUUUCAAUGACUCCAUCUGGAGCUAUUGCCUUGUUGGAGCAUGUAGUUUUAUUACCUCCGAAAAGCAUUUUUGUUUACUUAACACUACCGAACCCUUUAACCGUUCUUCUGGUUGUCUAAAUGUGAUUGGAAAUACAGAUCUGUAAUGACAUUUAAUUUAAUAAAGUCAACUUGUUCAUCCAU